AUGAAACGGUUAUUUUACCUGCUGGGAUACAUCGUCGUCGUCUACUCAGAUUGUUAUUUUGUUGAUCACGAAGGAUAUGGUGUAACGGCUGAUACGACCCUAGACUACAAACUUCUAGAUAACAGACAAAUGUGUUACGAUUGGUGCGCACAGACUAGUAAAUGUUCAGUUACAAUGUAUCAGCGUUAUGGCUGUCACUUGUUACAGAGACCUCUAAUUGAUCGUGUUAUAGUGACUGGGUUGAAGGAAUGUAAGGAACUGUGUUAUUAUAAUGAUGAAUGUGGCGUUACACAGUUAGUCCGAGGUGACCAAGGUAUUGAUGUCUGCUGGCUUUAUAUGUACUCAGACAUCAAACAAACUAUUUACUAUAAUGAUGUGGUCAGUUUUAAACAUUGUGAUGAAAAUGAUCAAGAUGAUUAUGAAAAAUGA